CGGGAACUUUUGAGAAAAUUUUGAUUUUGGCACAUUACCUGAGCUGAAACUGUCCAUGAUAAAAACAAUAUGAAGGUAGAAACUCCAGAGAUUUCUUGGCAUGGACGUGAUCCUGUCUACAGUGCCGACUUUCAACCUGGAAAAAGGUCGUUACGCAGGAUAGCGACGGCUAGCACAGACACAAAUAUUCUGGUAUGGUACGUCAAUGUUGAUAAUGAUGGCAAGGCUCAACCCACAUUCGCUGCUAGUCUCUCCCGUCAUACCAAAGCUGUUAAUGUGGUCAGGUUCUCACCUGAUGGAGACAUCUUAGCCUCAGGGGCAGAUGAUGGUCUGGUAAUCCUGUGGAAGCUUCAGGAGGUUGGUAACGUAGCACCGGUCUUUGGCAAGGAAGAUGAAGACUGUAAGGAAACCUGGGCUACCACCAAGACACUUAGGGGUCAUCUUGAGGAUGUUUAUGAUAUCUCCUGGUCUUCAAAUGGGUCAAGAAUGAUCUCAGGGUCUGUGGAUAACAGUGCUAUCAUCUGGGAUAUACAGAAAGGAGAGAAGUUGUUUCUUCUGAAGGAUCAUAGAAGUUUUGUCCAAGGAGUAGCCUGGGAUCCUAAGGAUAGAUUCUGUGCUACAAUCAGCUGUGAUAGAUCAAUGAGAGUGUACAAUUUACUCAACAAUAGAUGCAUUCAUCAUGUCAACAAACUCACCAUGGCUGCAGCUGGUAAUAAUGGAGAGGGUAUGACGAAGCAGUACCGUAUGUUCCACGAUGACACCAUGAAAUCAUUCUUCAGACGACUAACCUUCAGUCCUGACGGUGAGCUUCUUAUUGCUCCUGCUGGUAUCCUGGAACUAGGGGACAGUGUCCUCAAUACAACCUAUGUGUUCUCAUCAGCAUCCUUCUCAAAGCCUGUUCUACACUUGCCAUGCCCUACCAAGGCUACCAUCGCUGUACGAUGUUGCCCGGUAUUGUUUGAACUCAGACAGGAAUCAAGCGAGGCUGAUUCUACCACAGCGACACCGGAAAAAAAAGCAGAGCAAAAAGAUGAACCAAUGGAGACCGAUGCUAACACUUCUCAGGAAUCAAAUGGAGAUGGUCAAGAGAAAUCAGAUAUUGGUAAAGAUGUUCAAGAUAAAUCAUCUAGCAAACCAUCAGAGCCUGAGACCAAGGACCAAUCUACACAGUUAUUUGACUUACCUUAUCGGAUGGUGUUUGCCGUAGCAACGGAGGACUCUCUGCUCCUAUAUGAUACCCAGCAAAGCAUUCCAUUUGGUCUCAUCUCAAACAUCCACUAUCAUCAGCUCAGUGAUGUCACAUGGUCAUCCGAUGGCAGGAUAUUAGCUGUCUCAUCAACAGACGGCUACUGCUCCUUUGUGACCUUUGAACCUGAUGAACUUGGGGUUCCAUACGUCUCUCAACCGGUCCCUACCCCUUCUCCUGCUGCAUCUGUUACUACAAAAGCUUCACCCUCACCUACUCCUGCACCUGCUGCUGCAGUAUCUCAGGUAUCCAAUCAGAAUGCAGGGAUUUCAAAAUCACCCAAUCAGAAUGCAGGGAUUUCAAAACCAGCAAAUCAGAAUGCAGGGAUUUCAAAAUCACCCAAUCAGAAUACAGGGAUUUCAAAGUCAACCAACAUGGUCACUGAGACUUCAAAGUCACCAAACCAGACUGCAGGGAUUUCAAAAUCACCCAAUCAGGCUGCAGGGAUUUCAAAACCAGCAAAUCAGCAACCGGUGUCUAAUGGCACGACGCCUAAUAACCCAGCCUCUACGAGUGUCAAAUCUGUAGGAAUGAAUGGAGCGAAGGAACCCAAGAGGAUCACACCAGUAAUGAUAUCAGGACCACCUGGGUCAAAGCCACCACCAAGGAGAAUCCAGUUGACUACAUUGUCCUCUCCACCUUCCAACCAAACUGCAAACUCUUCAUCCUCCUCUACAAAUCAACCCUCAAAAGAAGAUCAUGCAUCAUCAUCGUCAUCAUCCAGCGUCAAGACAACAACCAUACCUAGCAACCAGCAGAAUGAUGUUCCAUCUGUAUCUGGUAUAAACACUGUACCCAAUGAAGACAGUGAAGCAGAUGAAGACAUCAUUAUACCAGAUGAAGAUGACGAAGAUGACUACGAUGAUGAUGAGGACAAUGAAGACGUGGUUGAUUUGACUGCAGAGAGUGACAGCGAUGAAGCAGACGAGAUGGAAGUCAAGGAAGACGGUCCUGCGGAGCAGGUCCAGAUGCCUCCGAAGCCGAUCGUCAUGCCUCCAAAACCUGUGGCUCCUGCUCCAAGGAGGAUAAACACCAUAAAGCUCGUCUGACUGAAACAAAGCCGAGAAUGUGUUGCGUGAACUCUUAUCCCAGUGACUCCUGUGACGAAGCAACUUGACUUGCAAGACUAGUCGAAGACAUAAAGGAGAGAACUGCAAGCCUUCUACUGCUUGUAUUGCUUUGGUUCUUUUGUCUCAAGCCUCUAAAGGAUCAUUGUGUUUCAGUGUGGAUUAUUGUGACUUUGAUCUGUUAUAUUCUCAAAGAUUUAUAACACUUGCUUUGUGAUCCAUGCAACCAUUUGAUAAAUCACCCUCGUACACCUAAGAGAGAAUUUGCUACAAGUAUAUGAAAUCAUGAUUGGAAAUGUGAAUCUCUUCAUAUUGAAGUAGGUUUAAGAGUGCUCCUGUAUGUACCAUAGACGGAGGACAUUUACCUUUGGAUUUAUUAACAUAGCCUCAGUUUGAUUGUACAUGUAAUGAAAUGCAAAGGUCAUUCUCCUUUGGAAUAAUUGAUCAUUUGUUUGAACUUGCACAUCGUUUCAACAUCAGGAUGGUGUUACAUGAAAGUCAUCAGCACUGACAAUAUUAUCAGCUCUGACAAUUUCAGUGAAACUGUUGGUUUUGAGUAGUGGAAAAGCACUGAUCUCAAAUUAUCCCUUUACUGUCAGGAGAUUACAACUUGUCAUUGUUGAAAACUUCAUGAAAUGGUGUCCUUAUAUUUGGCAAGAAAAAAGGCAUGACUACCACAUACCAUGUAAACAUGAAUGGUGCUCCAAUAUAACCUAGCCUUUUGCUCGAACAGCCUUAAAAUGGCAAUUAUCCACAACAAAGGACUUGAAUAUUUAUGGCUUAAGGAAGGAUUGUAAUAUUGGAAGCAUAAUUCAUUUUUUUAAAUAUAAAGGAAUUCCUGAUUCAAUUAGGGCCCCAUAUAACAAAGAGUUGCAAUUGAUCUGAUCAGUUGUAACUCUAUGGAAAUCCAUCAAAUGUCAAAAAAAAAUUCUGCGAAAA